AUGCCCACUCAGACCACACGUGCCCACUCAGCCCACACAUGCCCACUCAGACCACACGUGCCCACUCAGUCCACACUUGCCCACUCAGACCACACGUGCCCACUCAGACCACACGUGCCCACUCAGACGACACGUGCCCACUCAAACCACACGUGCCCACUCAGCCCACACGUGCCCACUCAGUCCACACGUGCCCACUCAGUCCACACGUGUCCACUCAGACCACACCUGCCCACUCAGACCACACGUGCCCACUCAGACCACACGUGCCCACUCAGACCACAUGUGCCCACUCAGACCACACGUGGCCACUCAGCCCACACGUGCACACUCAGACCACAUGUGCCCACUCAGUCCACACUUGCCCACUCAGUUCACACGUGCCCACUCAGACCACACGUGCCCACUCAGACCACACGUGCCCACUCAGCAUCACAUGCCCACUCAGUCCACACGUGCCCACUCAGUCCACACGUGUCCACUCAGACCACACCUGCCCACACAGUCCACACCUGCCCACUCAGACCACACGUGCCCACUCAGACCACACGUGCCCACUCAGAACACACGUGCCCACUCAGAACACACGUGCCCACUCAGCCCACAUGUGCCCACUCAGUCCACACGUGCCCACUCAGACCACACCUGCCCACUCAGUCCACACGUGCUCACUCAGACCACACGUGCCCACUCAGACCACACGUGCCCACUCAGAACACACGUGCCCACUCAGAACACACGUGCCCACUCAGUGCAAACGUGCCCACUCAGUCCACACGUGCCCACUCAGACCACACCUGCCCACUCAGUCCACACUUGCCCACUCAGACCACAUGUGCCCACACAGACCACACGUGCCCACUCAGCCCACACGUGCCCACUCAGUCCACACGUGCCCACUCAGACCACACGUGCCCACUCAGACCACACGUGCCCACUCAGACCACACGUGCCCACUCAGACCACACGUGCCCACUCAGACCACACGUGCCCACUCAGACCACACGUGCCCACUCAGACCACAUGUGCCCACUCAGCCCACACGUGCCCACUCAGUCCACACCUGCCCACUCAGACCACACCUGCCCACUCAGACCACACCUGCCCACUCAGUCCACACGUGCCCACUCAGACGACACGUGCCCACUCAGUCCACACGUGCCCACUCAGUCCACAAGUGCCCACUCAGUCCACACGUGCCCACUCAGUCCACACGUGCACGCUCAGACCACAUGUGCCCACUCAGUCCACACGUGCCAACUCAGUCCACACGUGGCCACUCAGUCCACACAUGCCUACUCAGCCCACACGUGCCUGCUCAGUCCACACGUGCCCUCUCAGUCAACAUGUGCCCGCACAGUACACACAUGUCCGCACAGUACACACAUGCCCGCACAGCCCAAAGGUGCCUGCACAGCCCACACGUGCCUGCAAAGCACACACGUGCCCACACAGCCCACACGUGCCCACACAGCCCACACGUCCCGAUCAGCAUACAUGUGCCCGAUCAGUCCACACGUGCCCGCACAGCCCACACGUGCCCCCUCAGUCCACACGUGCCCCCUCAGACCACUGCUUGCAGAACAUGUGCCUCUCUAG